CCUUCCUAGACCCAGAAGGGGAGCAGGGCCGCGGAGACAGGACUGAUCGCACCGCGCCCGGCCAGGGUGGGACAGCUCCCAACCCCCCUCCCACGACCCCCAUAGACCCCCACGUGCGGGGAGGGUGCGGGACAGCCUCCCCCCCAUACACAUGCGGGGGAGCCUCUAAGCCCCUAUACACCCCCGAUCGCCCCCACGUGCGGAACAGCCUGUUCUCCCCCCAUACAUCCCCACGCGCGGGGAGGGUGCGGGACAACCCCCCCAUACACCCCCAUACAGCCCCACGUGCGGGACAGCCUGUUCCCCCCCCAUACAGCCCCACGUGCGGGGAGGGUGCAGAGGAGGCUGUUUGCCUGCCGCUGUCUCGGAGGAUGAAGAGGCUGAGCGAGGAGAGCUGGUCGGGCUCCGAGUCGGACGGGACCAUAGACGUGGGCAAAGAGGAGGAAUACAGCCAAGUAUCCAGGGCUGUUUCUCCCACCACCACAUCUCAGAUACAAGCCAGGAAGAAGCGGAGAGGGAUCAUUGAGAAGCGGCGCCGUGACCGUAUUAACAGCAGCCUGUCUGAACUGAGGCGUUUAGUCCCUACUGCCUUUGAGAAGCAGGGCUCCUCCAAGCUGGAGAAGGCAGAGAUCCUGCAAAUGACAGUGGACCAUUUAAAAAUGCUUCAUGCCACUGGAGGAACAGGGUUCUUAGAUGCCCGAUCCCUGGCUGUGGAUUACAGGAGUAUCGGCUUCCGUGAAUGCCUCACUGAAGUUGUCAGAUACCUUGGUAUCCUCGAGGGACAAAACGGUGCUGAUCCUAUCCGGCUACGACUCCUCUCCCACCUGAAUAAUUAUGUUGCCGAAAUGGAGCCUUCGCCCAUGGCCACUUCCCUUCUGCCCUUUCAGAUGUGGCCCUGGUCAUUCCUCCACAAUUCCACAGCCCCCGCCAACCAAGUACUAAUACCCAGGAGGGAGGCUGUCCCAGGUCUAGCUGUCUUGACUGCUUCCCCCCUGGCUUAUCCAAGCACCACCAUGAGAAGAGCUCCCGUUCGCCGAAUUCCUAGUGCCAUCAUGCCAGCCCGCCGAAACUUCCUUUCCAAUCGGAUGGCCUCUUCGUCCCGGAGGGCUAGACCCACAGUGACAUCACCAACCCCAGGUGCCAUGUCCAGUGUGCCAUCACCGAGGGGUGCCCUGAGAGAUGCCACCUCUAGAAGCAGCCAGAUUGCAACUUUCCUGCUCUCCUCUGCCUCUGCUGGAGUUCCCGUACCAUCUGCUUCUUACACAGCUCCUCCUGCUUUGAAUGCUUCUCCUCAGGGGCCAGGCACCAGAGGUGGGACUUCCAGACUCUGCCGCUCCUGGGCUACUGAAAUUGGGGCUUUCUGAUCCCUCCCUGACAAAAUCCUAAGGGAGACAAAAAUCAUCAGCAGCCACUGCUCAAAAAGCACGCUCCGGUGAACAGCUUCUUUCCUGCUUUGCAGAAAUAAAGAAUCGAUAAAGGAUCCUCUCCUCACCUUGCCAUCCCUUCUCAUUCCUCACGUCCUCUUCCCUCCCUCCCCAUCACACUGCCUCCCUCUUUUCCAUUUCAGGUUUGCAGAUUUUGUUUUGAACUGAAUGUAUUUGUCUGUGUACAGCUCCACUAAAGGUUGUGGAUGAGGUUUAUCCUAAUUCAGACCUUUCCCUUCCCCAGCCCAGGCCCUGGUAGAGCUGAAUGUUGUAGUUUUGAGAAUGUAAACCAGCCUUGGCACUGAUUUGACUUUGCUGGAGACACAGAGCUCCCAAGCAGUGACACUUUCUAUCACUUGUAUGCAGUGUUGUCGUAGCCAUGUAGGUCCCAGGAUGUUAGCAAGACAAGAUGGGGGAGAGAAUAUGUUUUAUUGGACCAACUUCUGUUGGUGACCAAGAAAGCUUUCCAGCUUAC